AGCAGUGCUCGGAGUAACUCCGCCCGAUGCAACUCGCUCUGCUCCACUCCGCUCUGCUCUCUUCGGCCGAGCAGGCGUGGGACUCCACUCGGCCGAGCUCCUCCAUCCUCCUCAUCCUCCUCGUUCUCCUCCAUCCUCCUUGCUCCCUCCCCAGACCCCUUCGCUCGACUGAGGUCCUCCUGUCGCCCGGUUCUUCUGUGCGCAUCUCUGCAGCCCGUGGUGUCAAGUCAGGAUGGGCGACAUCGGAAAGCUGGUGAUGAAGUGGCAUGACAGCUUUGGGAAAGCAACGGAUUUCGACUCGUGGGGCCAGCUGGUGGAGGCGGUGGACGAGUACAUGAUCCUUGCCAGGCAGCUUCUCAAAGAGGCACAGUCACCGCCAAACUGCUCGGGAUUCACUGAAGACCAGAAGAAAAUCCUCGGGAAGAUUGCCGCCUGCCUGGAGGUGAGGAGUCAGUCUCUGCAGACCACACAAUCAAAUGAAGAAUUUCCACUUGAAGAUUUGAAGCAACUGGAACCAGUAAUAAAGAACAUUCUCACGUACAACAAAGAAUUCCCAUUUGAUGUUCAGCCCCUGCCCCAAAGGAGGCUCCUGGCCCCUGGUGAGGAACAGAGUCUCGAUGUGGGCGGGGAGGAGGAGGAGGACGGCGCGGUGGGGGCAGCUGGCGGCGUCACCUCCCACGUCUUCAACGCCCGUCCGUCCGGCACGCUGCUGCCCCGCCUGCCCUCUGAGCCCGGCAUGACCCUGCUGACGAUCCGCAUCGACAAGAUCGGCCUGAAGGACGCAGGCCAGUGCAUCGACCCGUACAUCACCGUGAGCGUCAAAGACGCGAGCGCCGUGGAGCUGAGCCCCGUACAGGACACGCCGGUGGCCUCCAGGAAGGAGGACACCUUCGUCCACUUUGGCAUGGACGUCGAGAUCCAGAAGCACGUGGAGCAGCUGCCCAAGGGUGCUGCCAUCUUCUUUGAGUUCAAGCACUACAAACCAAAGAAGCACUUCACCAGCACCAAGUGCUUCGCCUUCAUGGAAAUGGACGAGAUCAAGCCGGGCCCUGUCGUCAUUGAGCUGUACAAAAAACCAACGGACUUCAAGAGGAGGAAGCUCACCCUCCUGACCAAGAAGCCUCUCUACCUUCACCUGCACCAAACGCUGCACAAGGACUGACGCGCCACGGCCGUGCCCCUCGCUGCCGCAACCCUGAACGCGGAGUGCCGGUACCCAUGGUCCUCCCUGUCCCGGCGAGCGAUUUGCUUCCCGGUGCCGCGUGCGUGCCGGCGCGGUGGCGAGGUGCUGGGGCCCCCGAGCCUGACACCCCGUCCCCUUCUGAGAACGCCGGCCGCCGAUCUUUAACUUGGCACUGAAAAAAGAUUAAAAGUCUGCCUUUGUUGGCGGCGGCAGCAGCACAAAGUGGCAGUGCCAGAUGGCGCCUUAAAAACAAGCACCAGUACUGAGUGCAUACAGUAAAACCUUGGAUUGCGAGCAUAAUUCGUUCCGGAAACGUGUUUUGUAAUCCAAAGCACUCGUAUAUCAAAGCAGUCGUAUAUCAGUUGUGAUCACGUGACGCUCGGCAGUACAAA